GCGCGCCGGUUGGACAGUGGUGCGGCGCAGCCAGCUGCGUGCAGUCGAUCUUGAGCCAGCCAGCGCGAGGCGCGGGAGGCGGCGAGGUGUCGAGUGGAGAGCGAGGCGCCCGUCUCGGACAGGAGCUCACACCGAGCACACACCAUGGGUGUAAGCAGACGACUUCUGUUUUUACUGCUGGUGACCGUAGCGGCGGCUUCAGUCGCUUCCGCCGCUGAAGUGAAGCGGAUCCACCUGCGCCGCUCCUCCCGGCGCCGCCAGCCAGACGUCGCGGCCUCGGUGGCCCCGCAGGAGACGCUGGCCGCGGCCGAGUCGCAGCGCCGGGUCAACGUCGCCAAGGAGGAGGAGAAUGCCGUGGGAACCAGGACCGUACAGGCGGCCAGCAGUUCGACGAGCAGCGGCAGAGGUAGGGGCAGAGGCCGGGGCCGGGGCCGGGGCAGAGGCCGGGGCCGAGGCAGCUCGAGGACCUCGUCGGCGCAGAUCGCCGUCAGCAAGAAGAGGCCCGCAGCGGCGCCGAGCAGCACCGCGCCAUCCCGGGCCCCGGUCGCUGCCGUAGCCUCUCGGCCCGUGGCGUCCAGCGACCGCAAGAUCGUCUGCUACUUCACCAACUGGUCCCAGUACCGGUCAUCUAUUGGGAAGUACCUGCCUGAGAGCCUCGACCCCUUCCUCUGCACGCACGUCGUCUUCGCCUUCUCGUCCAUGAAAAACAAUCGGUUGGCUCCGUUCGAGCACAACGAUCUCUCGAAGGACGGCAAGGUGGGCCUCUACGAGCAGGUCACCAACCUCAAGAAGAUCAACCCCAAGCUGAAGGUGCUGCUGGCUAUCGGUGGCUGGUCCUUCGGAACGAAAAAGUUCAAGGACAUGAGCAGCAACAGAUACAACCGUAGGACUUUCGUCUACAGCGUGGCUCCGUACUUGCGCGAGUACAACUUUGACGGUCUCGACCUGGAUUGGGAAUACCCCAAGGGCGCCACCGACAAGACUAACUUCGCCAACUUGUGCAGCGAGCUCCACGAGGCGUUCGACCAGGAGGCGCGCGAGACCCGUCAGGACCGCCUGCUGCUCACGGCCGCGGUCCCGGUCGGCCCUGACACCAUCCGCGGCGGAUACGACGUGCCCAAGCUGGCCAAGUCCUUGGACAUCUUCAACAUCAUGGCCUACGACUUCCACGGCAAGUGGGAGUCGCAGACGGGACACAACGCCCCGCUCAACGCCCACUCCACGGACUCCACGUGGCGCAAGCAGCUCUCCGUCAACGCCUCUGUCCACAUGUGGAUGCGCCUGGGCGCGCCUGCGCACAAGAUCGUUGUCGGCAUGCCGACGUACGGCCGUAGCUUCACUCUGGCCAACCCGGCCAACCCCGCCGUAAACGCCCCGGCCAGCGGAGGCGGCAACGCCGGCACCUACACCAAGGAGGCCGGCUCCCUGGCCUACUACGAGCUGUGCGAGAUGCUCUACAACGGCGCCCAGUACACCUGGGACACGGACAUGUCCGUGCCGUACCUGGUCGACGGCAACCAGUGGGUCGGCUUCGACGACGAGCGCUCCAUUCGCAUCAAGAUGGACUUCAUCAAGGAUAUGGGCCUGGCAGGAGCCAUGGUCUGGUCUUUGGACAUGGACGACUUCAACGCGGCGGCCUGUAAGGGCGCCAAGUACCCGCUGAUUUCGGCCAUGAGAGAGGAGCUGCUGGGUAUAUCACGGUCGGACAAGAAGAAGGACAUCGACUGGACUAAGAUCUCGCCGUCGAGGGCCCGGCCUGCGAUAUCUACGGCGCCGAUCAUCUCCAAACUCAGCACCGCUGACAUCAUUGCCCUGCUGAAGGCGCAGGGCAUUACCCCGGACGCCAAGACGGUCCAGAAGCUGGGUCAGAUCUCGCUGACCUCGGCCGGCGGCGGCACCGGCACCAGCGGCAACGCCAUCAUCGACCGCUUCGACGACAACCUGUCGGCGCCGAAGGUCUUCUGCUACGUGUCGAGCUGGGCGCGCGACCGGCCUGGCCGCGGCCGGUUCUCGCCGGCAGACCUGGACCCUGCCCUCUGCACGCACGUGGUCUGGGCCUUCGGGUCGAUCCGCCAGGGCAAGAUCGAGCUGCCGUCGCCGGACCAGGACUCCAGGGACGAGGACAGCGACUACCAGCAGCUGCUGCGCCUGCGGGACGCCAACAACAAGCUCAAGAUUUUGUUGGCGUUGGGCGGAUGGUCUGCCGGACCUGAGCCCUUCCAGGAGCUCACUUCCAGCGACUACAAGAUGAACAACUUCGUGUACGAUACCGUCGACUUCAUUCGCAAGAAGAAGCUGGACGGCAUUGACGUGGACUGGGAGUACCCCAGCGGCUCCAAGGACCGCUCGGCCUACAGCAAGCUGAUUCGCGAGUUCAAGCUGGCUUUCGAGGGCGAGGCGGCCUCGAGCAAGAAAUCGCGUCUGCUGCUGACAGCCGCUCUGCCGGCCAGUGCCGAAGCUAUCUAUUCCGGUUACGACGUUCCGGAGAUCGCCAAGCACCUCGACUUCAUGAACAUCAUGACGUACGACUUCCACGGCAACUGGGACAGCGUGGUGGGACAUAACGCUCCGCUCUACCCACUGGAGACAGCCUCUAGAGACGAGUCCAAAAUGAGUGUGGACUACGCGGCGCGGGAGUGGGUGAAGGAGGGCGCGAUGCCGGAGAAGAUGCUGAUCGGCAUGCCGACGUACGGUCGCACGUACACGCUCAACAACAGCGUCGAGUACGACAUCGGCGCCCCUGUCAUGGAUGGCGGCAAGCCGGCCCGGUUCACGCGCGAGACCGGCUUUGCCAGCUACUAUGAGGUGUGCGACUUCCUCGAGCGCGAGAACACCACCCUCAUCUGGGACAACGAACAGAUCGUGCCGUUCGCCAUCAACGGCGACCAGUGGGUCGGGUUCGACGACGAGCGCUCCCUCACGGCCAAGGUCGAGUGGCUGCGUGACCUGGGCUUCGGGGGCGUGAUGGUGUGGGCUGCCGAUCUGGACGACUUCCGCGGCGCCUGCGGCAACGGACCGUAUCCGCUUGUCAACGCCAUGCAGGACGCACUGCAGGGCUACCGCGUCGAGUACACGUACGACGGUGGCGCCGCCUUCAAGCCAGGCAAAAAGGCCGACCCCAACGAAGUCGUGUGUGACAAUGCGGACGGCGAGGUGACCUUCCACCGGGACGCGCUCGACUGCAAGCACUACUACCUGUGCCAGGGCUCGGUGCGCCACCACAUGCCCUGCCCCAGCGACCUGGUCUUCAACGAGGAGCAGUCGGUGUGCGACUGGGCGGAGAACGUCGAGGCCUGCUGGGCCUUCACGGUUCCGCCGCCGGCAGUGUAGCCGCCGCUGCUGCCACCUGUGGAGCGACGCGAACACUGGUGGUUGCAGCGCUGGUCGUGCGAAGCGCUGCUGGUGACGCGCUGUCACGAGGCGGAGACCGUGGAGAGAUUCGGGUCCCCGACGAAGGACGGAGGCAUUCCGGGGGCGCAGGCUGCCUGUGGUUUUUGCCAGUGAUAUCUGCCGCGAGAAAUGCCAAAAGUGAAAAGAAGCGUGCCUGUUCUUGAUCCUGUUCAAAUAUAUCGUACGUAGAUGGCAGGACAAUGGCAUGCCAGGCGCGUUCUCCGAGUUGUGGACGUUCGAUUGUCAAACAUUUCACAUUGUCUCUUUAUGCAAAGCACAUAAAAUAUGUAUCAACCGAAUAAGUCGACUUGCCAGCCUGGUUUUCCAUGCAUGCUGCAAAUACUUGGUUCCUGCACCUGGUUUCCAUGGAACAUCUCAUGCAUUUUCUAGAGCCUCUUUCGGUAUCGGACCAUUCUGAGCGUAGAAACACCCACCAGAUCGUGUGAAGUUAGUGUUGUCUCAAACAGCAUAGGCAUAUGCGGUAGGGAUGAUGACUGACUAGAGUUAAGAGCCAUAUUGGGAUACGUCACUGCUUCCUCGCAAGCCCGGUGAUAGAUCCCCUCUUCCCUUCUCUCCCACCCCCCCCCCCCCUGCCCACUAUAUAAGUGCUAAUCCCACGAAGCAAACGCACAGACCUUUAGAGGGAAAGUAUUAGUGUUUGAGUGUGUGAUUCGUAAGCGAUUGGGGGCUGGUUCCAUACAUUAAUUCGAAACGUGAGACAUUAGAAAAGCAUGCGAUUGACAUCAUUCGCUUCCCCGCAUUGUUUUUCCCGUUAAGCUCAUGCGCCCGCUGAAUUAAACCCGAGGCGUAGCUCGUUGUACAUAGAGCCGACCAAUGCGAACCCAGAGCGCGUCUAUUUAUGCACACGAGCGACAGAGGCGGGCCGAUGGAGAACGCCUGGUCACAGUGGCGCUCUAGUGAUGUGUGUCUCUGUCCGUGUGUGAGUGUAAGUGUUCUUGUCGGAGGGCGCGAGUCGGUCGAUACGCCAGGUCAAUACAGUGCGAUCAGGUACUCA